ACUACACUACUGUCAAGCGUGUCAAGUAAAACAUUUGAUAAUGACGCAGUUUUUUCUAGCAAACAAAUAGUAAAAUGCCACAGCAAUGCGACUAAAGUAGUAAUCUUUAAGUUUAUUUUGUGUCCCAUGCGCUUAUUUAUUUAUUCUUCAGUGAGUUUGCGACUAAUAAUAAAUGAGGAAAUGGCGAAGGAAGAUUUAUUACGAGUUGAAAUGCGAAAACUGGAAAUUCAACCCAAUAAACCAAAUUUUAUAGUUAAAGAAGAUAAUCCAUUUAAUCAUCAGAGCCUUCGCCUAUGUGUAUUUUCAAGAUCUACCAAAAAAUACAAAUGUUUUUGUACUUUACCAAAACGCAAUAUAAUUCCAACAAUUAGCAAAAAGAAAAACAAAAGUGUACUGAAGGAACCAGUUUUGAAAUUGCUUCAAAAUAGUAAUAGUGCCCACAAAGAAUUAAACAAACCUGUAGAUAAAACAGAUUGUCCAACACAUAAUCUUAAUUCUGAUAUUAUAAGUUUGUGUUCUCUUGUUGAUGACUGUAACCAGCUAAGGAUAUCUCCUAAUGUUAAGAAAAAUUAUGUUGUUAAUUCAGAACAAAAUAAUCGUGCAUUAUGGUGGAAAAAUGACAUAUCACAUGCAAGAAUAGUUAAGAAGACUGUAAUGGAAUCAAAUCAAGGAAGUUCUUGUUCGCAACAAGCCCUCAAUCCGCCAUGCGAUAUCACAAUUGAUGAACUAGCUAGUUAUUUUGAAACAUUGGUCCAUAUACCAAAAAAAAUGUCAUCUAUGGCCGAAAUGAUGUAUAUUUAGAUAUUGCUGUCAUAUAGAGAAUAUUAAGUGGUCCAAUUUCUUAGGGCAUUUUCAAUAACAGUUUUCUGUAAGAGUAUUUUGUGGAAGAAGAUUUGGGAAACUAUUGAUGUUUUAAUGUGAAAUAAUGAGUUAUAAAUGAUUAGUGAAUGUUAAAACAAAACCUUUGUAUGUGGCCAAGUUUUAAUUAAAUCAGUGAAAUAAUUUUAUUAGACUUGGAAUAGUAAGAUCAUGUUAUAAUUGAACAUGUGUUGGCAAUUUGUCUGACCAUUUAUUUUCAAUUGUAAUAUAACUGUUUUCUUGGAAAUCUAAAAGCUCCUUGCUGGACAUUUGGGAUUCAUUAUUUUUAUCUUGUUUUAGAUAGACAUUUUUAAACUGUUAUUUACAGUGAGCCACUGAGAACGUUUACCACCUGCAAUAUGAAGGUGGUUAACCUUUCUAUGGGGCCCACAUUAUACUUUCAAUUUCCCAGUUGUGUAUCGUAACAAGCAUAUUACAAAUUGAGGUUCUCAAUAUAGUAAUUUUAAAUAUGAGAUGUCAUUAAUUUUAAUAUCUCUUAACUUAGUGAAAAUUAUAACCUAUAUAUGCAUAUAUUUUUUAUAGUCUCCAAUAAAAUUAUUCAUACAUUGGA